AGCCAAUUAAAACUCAUAUCUACCUUUGUGACUGUGUUUCCUCUACAAAUAUCUAACAAGUAUUGUCUUACGUCUUACCUGGCGUGUUUCCUGGAGAGCUCUCUCCUUCUUCCAGGAGGACUGGACUGUAGGUGUGUGUGUGUGCGUGUGCGUGUGCGUGCGUGCGUACGUGCGUGCGUGCGUGUGUGGCUAUAUAGUCGCUAUGAAUGU